AUGGCAUUGGUAAGUGAUAAUCAACUUCAUUCUAACAACCAGGUUCUUAGAUUCCGCUCUAAGGAUGGAAUGUUCCGUCUAAAUACAGGACCAUCGUCUGCCUUUGGGACGGUUUUGGAUGAAUUGGCGACAAAAUUGCCUCCAUUCAAGCCAGAAUCAUUGAAAAUCGCAACCAAACCUGGAGAUGCAGGGCAAUUAGCAUUGAAUCUGAAAGACUCCACUGUUCAAGGUCUCAAUCUGAAACAUGGAGAAAUGCUCUAUUUAUCUUACGAACCAGCAGAGUUGGCAAGCUCUGUUAACAUCAGUCAGGUCAAAGAAACACAAACCAUCAAGCAAUUGCAAAUCGAUAAUAUUUAUGAUAAGGAAGAGGGAUUGAUUCCAAGAAAGAGAACCUCUCUUUGCAGACACACCGAUAAGGGAAUGUGCGAAUACUGCUCACCAUUGCCUCCUUGGGAUAAAGAUUAUCAGCAACAGCACAAUAUUAAGCAUAUCUCAUUUCAUGCACAUAUAAAUGAACUGAAUUCUUUGGCCAACAAAAAGGAAUCAGGAUCAUCUUACAUAUCACCUCUUUCCGAGUCAAACUUCAGUAUUAACAAGAAAUGCCCAGGUGGACAUGAUCCAUGGCCAAAAGGCAUUUGCUCGAAAUGUCAGCCAUCUGCCGUCACUUUACAAAGACAGAAUUUCAGAAUGGUGGAUCAUGUUGAGUUUCAAGACAGUGAGAUAAUCAAUGAGUUCAUCAAUACGUGGAGAAUGUCUGGAGCGCAAAGAAUUGGUCUGAUGUUUGGUAGCUACGACAAGUACGAAAAAGUUCCAUUGGGGAUAAAAGCUAAAGUUGAAGCAAUUUAUGAGUUCCCUCAAGUUGACCAGGAGGAUGGUUUAAUCUUGCAGAACUGGGAAGACGAAGAGAAGGUUUUGUCGCUGGCUAAACGAUUAGAUCUUGUUCCCGUUGGGAUCAUAUUUACAGAUCUUCUCGAUGCAGGAACUGGCAAUGGAUCCGUGAUCUGCAAGAGACACAAAGACUCUUUUUUCCUUUCGUCGUUGGAGGCCAUAUUUGCAAUCAAAUGGCAGCUCAAGUUCCCCAACAUAUGCAAGUGGAGCGAUUCUGAGAAGUUCUCGUCCAAGUUCGUCACCUGUGUGAUUUCAGGCAACACAAGCGGCGAGAUCGAUAUCGAAGCAUAUCAAAUUUCAGAGAGCGGUGAGGGAUUGGUGAAAGCCGAUUUGAUCAGCCCAUCGACGCAUCCAAACGAAGUAUUUAUCAACGAACAGAAUGAUGUUAGAUAUGUUCCGGAGAUCUUUUACCAAAAGUUUAACGAGUAUGGAUUACAAGUGAAAGAAAAGGCAGAUCCAAGCUUUCCUGUGGAGUAUCUCUUGGUGUCUUUGACGCAUGGAUUCCCUGAAAAAUCCAGUCCGUAUUUCAAAGCUGGUGCAUCUAACAAAUUCCCGGUGGAGAAUAGAGGCUACAUUGGAGAGUCUGCUACCAUGCCUGAUCUCAAGAACUAUCUCAGCGCUGUGAAUGGAGACAAUGCUGAAGAAUUGGGUCAGUUAUUGAGCAAUUUCCACUUACUGAUCUACUUUACGUUGAAUCAAGACAUCUUGAGUGGACAAGAACUGGAAUUAAUCGUGGAAAUUGUGCGGAAAUUGGGCAAGGGCGAGAAUGCGAUGGAGGAGGAGUAUAAGCUGGUCGAUAGUGACGGAUGGAGAAACUUGCAAACCAUUCUCCAGGUUGGAUAUUAA